AUGGCGUACAAGAUGGUUCAUCAUCUUACUCAUGCUUCUGAAUUACCACAUUUAGACUGUAUGAGACAUAAGCAAGAAGUUAUCAUUGAAGGGCUGGUUGAUGGUCAGUCUGGAUGUCCUCCCAACAUGGAUCCACCAAUAGUGGUUCAGAAGAAGAUUCUAAAGAAGAAUAGUGACUAUGGUAUGAUUGGAAUACUUUAUCAUAACUCUAGAGUGUUGAUACAUCAAAAACUUGAUGUUAUGCUUGGUGAAGCUGAAAUUGGUGUAAAGAAGUCUUGCUGCAGGUUGUAUAGAAAAAUAUAUGUAUCAUCCAUUGCUCUCCACAACAUUCCAUAA